AGCAACUGCAUUCCUUCCUAACUGUCGAACCUCACUCUGUUUUCUCCGGCCUACCUUAUAGAGACUAUCAAAAGCUUUUACUAAAUUGUUUUACAUACUCCUAAAUCAUCUUUGAUAAACGAGUGAAUGAUGCAGAGCGUCCUCUACUCUCCAUAUUAUCCACUAGCUAAUGGUCCCGCACCCCUACUGUCGCCUUAUCAGGAACCGACUGUUAAGAAAUUCGACUUCUCUCGGCUAGCUGAGUCCGCUAUCGACGUCGGUAAAGAUGAAACGCCUGUUGGUGAUUUUGGAGGUGAUGCGCAAGUCGUAAGCCACGCCCUCGCACAAGCUCUGCAAUUUCAGGAAAGAUUCCGCGCAACAUUUACAAGUAGUUGGACACCUUUUUCACGGGACUCGGCACCGACAAAAACUCGACGAGGUCGAGCUUCUUCGAGAGCAAAAAAAGAAUUCAUAUGCCGAUUCUGUAACAGGCAAUUUACGAAGUCCUAUAAUUUACUUAUUCACGAAAGAACUCACACGGAUGAACGGCCUUACUCUUGCGACGUUUGCGGUAAGGCCUUCAGAAGGCAGGACCACCUACGAGAUCAUCGUUACAUUCAUUCAAAAGAAAAGCCCUUUACUUGCGUCGAAUGCGGUAAAGGCUUUUGCCAAGCAAGGACAUUGGCUGUUCAUAGAACAUUGCAUAUGAACCAGGAGUCUGCACUUCAGUGCGAUACGUGUGGAAGGGUUUUCUCAGAUAGACAAUCGCUUAAGACACAUCUACUAGCCCAUGUUGAUCCAAAGAAUUUCGAAUGUUCCGUUUGUACUAAACAAUUUAAGAGGCAAUGCGAUCUGAAAAAGCAUCAACUGCAGCACGUGCACCAAAAUACCCAUUACGCCCCACCACCUCAAUCCCAUACAAAUGAUGAAGAGGACGACGGUGAACUUAUUGAAGUUGUAUAAACUAUACAAACAAAUCUUUACGGAAACAGAUAAAUCUCCUUCUCCUCUUCGUUCCUGUCGAAUCUUUUUUUUUUUAUUAUUUUCUUAUUGUAAAAGAAAGGAAAAGUGCCAAAGAGUUUGGUUAUUGACUUUUAUUGAGGGUAAAAAUUGCUUUACAAUCAAAAUAUAUACAUAUAUAUUGCUCGUUUAUUUAAAAAUGUAUAUAAUUAUAAUCUAUGAAAAUAUACACCAG